CACAUAUAUAUUAUUUUAGUUUUAUAUAUAUUAGGUUUACAGCGGAUACCAAGACAGUCGUAUUCUUGUUUGCUGUCCUGAAAACUCUGCGGCAGAUACUUUAAUGCGGAAAUUGUUAAAGGAUAAGCCCAUCAUGAACGCGGACAUCUUCAGAAUGUAUGCUUUGUCACGACAACCUGAAACAUUGCCUGCCGAAAUAGCGACCACGGGUCAGUACAACUACGAUCAACUGAACGCAUGCUUUUUCUAUCCAUCCGUAAACACACUCAUGGAAUACAGGAUCAUUGUUGUGACUUUGAUGACAGCUGGAAGACUGGUGACAGGGCAGUUUCCUACGAACCACUUCACGCACAUCUUCAUAGAUGAAGGUGGCCACGCGGUGGAACCUGAAUGUAUCGUGCCUAUAACUGGACUUAUGGAUCCUAGAGAUACAUCUAGGCGAGCACAGUUGGUCAUAGCCGGUGAUCCAAAACAGCUUGGACCGAUUGUCCGUUCUGCUAUUGCUCGAAACGUUGGGUUACCUGUUUCCUUGAUGGAGAGAAUGAUGACCGAUAUCGAUAUGUACAAAUCCCAGCCGUAUGACGAACGCUACAUCACAAAACUUAUCCGAAACUACCGGUCACAUGACAGCAUCCUGGAAAUCCCAAGGCGUAUAUUUUACGACAAUCAGCUAGAGGCAUGUGGUGACUCCAAAGUCCUAAACUGCAUGCUUGAUUGGGAUAAGUUUCCUGUGAUGUUUCACUCAGUGUUUGAAACAGAGGAACGGGAGGGUGACAGUCCAUCGUGGUUUAACAGAGAUGAAAUAGCGCAGAUUGAUAUGUACCUGACUGCAUUGCUGAUAAAGAAAUCAGGAACAAAAUUAAAACCCUCUGAUAUUGGAAUCAUCGCUCCAUAUAAGAAACAGCGUUUCAAUGUUGCCAUGACACGUGCUCGAGCUCUGUUGAUUGUGAUUGGAAACCCCAUAACGCUUGAACAGGAUUCUUGCUGGAAGACAACAACGCGUUUAGGUGGCAAAAAGGGCAAAAAAGAACAGGACCACCUGAUCACGGAAAGGAUGGAGGCCGAGGCAUAA